UAAUCAAAAUUUCAUCAAUUUAUUUGUUCCCUGAGUUUAAAACCAUUUUCUGAAAUGAAUCAACAGCAGUUUAGUUUCCAGUUCGAGGAAACGUUAUCCGACUUCACUUCGAUAGAAUCGCCCGAAAACGCGAUAAGCAGCUGCAAAAAACUUCUCAAACUGCUCCAAGAACAAAGCGAGUCUGAAAAUGCUGAAAUUCUUAGCCGAAACAUCUGUUCAAUAAUCCGAGAGCCGAACUUGCUUUCACUGAUUCGAUAUGAGCUGAAGUUUUGCCAUUUCGGAAAAGGCGAAGAUGCCAGUGAGCACUUGUACUUUUUUGCCAAAUUAUUAUUUAUGUUGACAACCAAUUCCGAUCAAGUAUGCGAACAGGUCAAAGAAAAUGGUACUUUGACAACUGUUUUUGAAAUAUUGCAAGUUCAGCUUAACAAUCAAGUUACCGAUAGAAUUGAAGAAAGUGCGAUCAUAUUUUUGAUUCUGUCAGUUUGUAAAAUCCUUGAGGUUGCUCUAGAUGCGAAGCAAACAUUCUUCGAAAUGAAAUGCCAAAAUCAAGUUGCAAAAAUUGUUUCCUCGUCUGAAGAAAGCUCAAACAUGAAAGUAUUUACACUUUUGCUGCUCUCAAUCGCAGCGGAUUCGGACGAAAACAAAUCGAAAGCAGUUUUCAACGAGCAUUUGCCAGUUAUAACCAUUUUAAUUAAUAAACUGGAAGAAACCGUUCAAAACUCUCGACAGUUUUGGAUCGAACAUGUUGCUACUAGCUUGACUAAAAAACCGGCUUACCGUGCCGGAUUUUUAAAGGCACUUUUGACAUUUUCACGCACGGAGCAAAACUCGAACAUACUCGUUCAACAAACAACUCUGCUGAAAAACUUGCCCCAAAUUUUUGACAUGAAACUGGAGUAUAUUUCUUACCCGGCAGCUGAGCUUGUGUGGGAAUUGAGUUUUUCCAAACCAAAUCGGAAACUGAUUUGCGAAAACGAAGAGUUAAUGAAUCAGAUCAAGGCGAUGAGUGGCGAAGAGUGCAGUGGUAGCAGCGACUAUGAUCGAGAAAUGGAGGAGAUCGGGAAGAACAUCAUGUGGCAGUUGUGGAUGGAAACUAAGAUGAUGCUAUUGGCCACCAGAAUGAGAACAGCGAAGAUGAAGACGAUGAACAAAAAAGGUGUGAAAGAAGCCAUUGAAAAAUGCGAAAAACCAGAUGAAUACAUUAAAAAGAAAAGACAAACGCCGAAAAAGAUGAAGACUAAAAUGAGACACGUACGGAAUGUAAAUAUGAGUGAGGUAUUGGAUGACAUAAAACGAAUGGAUUCGGAAGCGGGCAAAUUUUCGGAGAACGACGAAGAACCGAACAUAGUCAAAGCGGUGCGCGAAGAGAGUCCAGAACUGAUACGGGACAAAAGACAUCUCGUUCCGAUCCGACAAUCACACAGACCAGCUCCAUCCUCAGUCCCGCAAACAAGCUCAAUUCCUCCACCCCCACCUCCUCCUAUGUCUACAGGCGCAGAUGCACCUCCUCCAGGACUACCGAGAAGCGCAUAUGUGGGCACCGAAGAGAAGCUGCACUUGAUUCCUAUUGCAAGCUCAGUUGAACCAGCUCGACCAUCUCCAGUAACGGUGGAAUCUCUAGAUGUGAUCACCAAAACAAGUGAGGCAGUACGCGAUCCAAUUCAGCCAAAACUCCUCUCCUUGACCGAAAGCGACGAUGACUCCCGUGGAUCGGAAGACAAGUUGCACUUGGUUCCUAUUGCAAGUUCAGUUGAACCAGCUCGACCAUCUCCAGUAACGGUGGAAUCUCUAGAUGUGAUCACCAAAACAAGUGAGGCAGUACGCGAUCCAAUUCAGCCAAAACUCCUCUCCUUGACCGAAAGCGACGAUGACUCCCGUGGAUCGGAAGACAAGUUGCACUUGGUUCCUAUUGCAAGUUCAGUUGAACCAGCUCGACCAUCUCCAGUAACGGUGGAAUCUCUAGAUGUGAUCACCAAAACAAGUGAGGCAGUACGCGAUCCAAUUCAGCCAAAACUCCUCUCCUUGACCGAAAGCGACGAUGACUCCCGUGGAUCGGAAGACAAGUUGCACUUGGUUCCUAUUGCAAGUUCAGUUGAACCAGCUCGACCAUCUCCAGUAACGGUGGAAUCUCUAGAUGUGAUCACCAAAACAAGUGAGGCAGUACGCGAUCCAAUUCAGCCAAAACUCCUCUCCUUGACCGAAAGCGACGAUGACUCCCGUGGAUCGGAAGACAAGUUGCACUUGGUUCCUAUUGCAAGUUCAGUUGAACCAGCUCGACCAUCUCCAGUAACGGUGGAAUCUCUAGAUGUGAUCACCAAAACAAGUGAGGCAGUACGCGAUCCAAUUCAGCCAAAACUCCUCUCCUUGACCGAAAGCGACGAUGAUUCCCAUGGAUCGGAAAACGUAAGUGUGGAAGAUAUUGACGAGAUAAUAGGCAAGGACAUUGCGCCGAUGAUACUCAUAGACGACAGUCCUAAACACAUAAUGAUCAGCUACUCGUGGUCGCAGCAGAGUGUUGCUCUGAAACUGAGAAACAACCUGCAGAAGAGUGGAAUCAAAGUGUGGCUAGAUGUGGAUCGCAUGCAGGGAUCCCUCUGCGAAAGAAUGGCCGAGGCGGUUGAGAACGCGUACGCCGUCAUAAUUUGUUUGUCAGAGCAAUACCGAAUCAGCCAUAACUGCAAAGCGGAAGCCACUUACAGCUUCGAACUACACAAACCGCUCAUACCAAUCAUCGCCCAACAAGGAUUCUUCCCCACAAGCGGGUGGCUUCGGUUCAUGGUUUCGGGUAUACUCUAUUACGAAAUGUUCGAUACACAGAAGUUUAGACAGAACUUCCCGAAAGUGCAGAAGUAUGUGAAAAGUAUUUACGGUCUAUCUGAUAAUGAUAGCUUCGAUGAGGCAGGAACAGGGAGGGAUGAUACGAUUACGUCAUCAGUUGAUGAUGACUCAUCGCAACAAGAUGGAUCGAAUCAAGCUUCAAAAUUGACAAAAUCUCCAAAACUUUCAGAUAAAGACAAACGAUACUGUCAAAUUAUGUAAUCCGCAAAUCAAAAUUAUUAAUUUAAAUUAGAACUGUAUCAUUAUUGAAAUGGA